AUGGAUAAAAAUGAAUCAAAGAUUCCACUUGAAGAAAGAAGCAUGGAGGAAAAGGAACUUAAAAAACUGAUUCACACAUUUCAAGAAAAUGAUCCAGCGAGUUUUGAAGAGGCCAUUGUUGCAACUGGAUUUGGAAAAUAUAACUACAUCUUGCUAUUUUGUAUUAUUUUUCCUUCUAUUACUCAAAUGACUGAAACUGUUUCCAUAUCGUAUGUGCUACCUGUGGCAGAAUGUGAUCUAGAUCUUUCGCUCGAAGACAAAGGAAUAUUAAAUGCAGUCACAUUUGCAGGUAUGAUAGUCAGUGGUCUUUUCUGGGGUUACAUGAUUGACGCUUUAGGAAGAAAACAAAUUAUAGUUUACGGAUAUUUCGCGACUGGAUUUCUUUCGAUGACCGCAGCUUGUUCCUCUAGUAAAUUUGUGCUAAUUAUUGCCAAAUUUGUUGGAGGACUUAUUUUAAAUGGUCCCUAUUCAGCAUCAACUACUCACAUAACAGAAUUCCAUUCAUCAAAACAUAGAGCAAACGUUAAUAUGGUAAGAGGCUUCAUUUUAAGUAUUGCAAAUAUACUUAUACCGGUAUUAGCUUGGGCGGUUUUGCCAAGAAAAGUGGAAAUCUCCGUUUUAGGCUUAUUUGUUCUUAGGUCAUGGAAUGUAUUUUUGUUAAUAGCCGCUUUUUGUCCAAUAAUAAGUGGCUGUCUGUACGUUUUUUUACCAGAGAGCCCUAAAUUUCUCAUGACAAUAGGGAAAAAUAGACGAGCACUACUUGUGAUGCAAGAAAUAUACGCAAUGAAUAGUGGCAAUCCAGCAAAAAGUUAUCCAAUAAAACGUUUGGCUGAAGAAACUACUCAGAACCUAGCUAGCACGAAAGAUCUGAGACUUGCUCUGGGAAACGGGCUCUCACAAAUGAAAACAAUUUUUCAUCGACCUCAUUUUAAUAAUUUAAUUCUGGUUUGUUUUAAUGCAUUUUCUUUAGUCAUGAGCCUAAAUACUUUGAAGUUAUGGCUUCCUGGUAUAUUUCAAUCUAUAAAUGACUAUCAAAACAGUCACAAUGGAACCAGUUCUACUAUGUGUGUUAUGUUGGAAGAGAUGAACAAACCAAAAGUUGUAUCAUCUGGUCAAACCUGUAGUGUAAAUUUGGAUAACAUUUCAGUUUACAUCAAUACUUUUAUAGUUGCAUUUGCAAGAAUUGCUGCUUUCAUGGUUGCUGGAACUUUAGUGAAUUGGAUGGGAAAUAAGAAAUUAAUCAUUUUUCUGUGUCUAUUAAGUUCAAGUUUAAUGUUUUCCAUUUACUUUGCAAACAAUUCAACGAUAGUGACAAUACUUUCUGCAGCCGGUUCAGCUAUUGGAAGUGUACCAGAAAAUGUACUAGUUACUAUAACAAUGGAGUUAUUUCCAACAACUUUAAGGGCGAUAGCUUUAUCAAUACAUUUGAUGUCUUCACGGCUAGGCACAAUAAUAGGAAACAUUAGUUUUCCUUACUUGGUACAUUUAGGAUGUCUGCCUCCAUUCCUUUAUAUUGGAAUAUUUGGUUUUGCUUGCGGAAUAGUAUCGUCGAUUUAUUCCAAUACGGAAAACAAACCAUUAAUUUAA